GUGUUCCGAAAUUCACUGACAAUACAGGAAAUCUAUAGUUUUUGUUUCCGUAACAUAUAUUAUAGAUAUCUAGUAUUCACGGUGAAUUUUGAUUAUUCACAGUGAUUAUUUUUUUUCUUUUUUUUUUUUGUUUAAUUUAAAUACAGUAUAUAAUGAAUAAAGUUUAGAAUAAAAAUCGCUGAUAAUGAAAGUAUUGGAACUCUAUAGCGGCAUCGGAGGAAUGCAUUAUGCGCUCCGUGAAAGUGGAGUUGCAGCAAAAGUUGUUGCAGCAAUUGAUAUAAAUCCUGUUGCAAAUGCUGUCUAUUACCACAAUUUUCCAGAAACUGUUCUUAUGAAUAGAAAUAUUGAGUCUCUUAAUGCGCAGGAACUGAACAAAUUGGAUUUAGAUGCUAUAUUUAUGAGUCCUCCGUGUCAACCUUUUACUCGAUUAGGAUUGAAAAAGGAUGCUUUUGAUAACAGAGCUUGUUCUUUAUUACACAUUUUAGACUUGAUACCGGAAUUAAAAUGUUUAAGAUAUAUUUUGCUUGAGAAUGUGAAAGGUUUCGAAGUAUCUCAAAUGAGGGAUAAAUUAAUAGAUUGUAUGGACAGUUGUGGAUAUAUUUACAGAGAAUUAAUAUUAAGCCCGUGUCAAUUUGGUAUACCAAACAGUAGGAAUAGGUAUUAUUUAUUGGCAAAGAGAAAGAAUUUUGAAUUUUUUUUCAAACAACCAUCGCUAAAAAAUGAUUUACCAUCUGAAUUAUUGAAAUUACUGCCAAAAAGUAAGCAUGCUUUGUUAGCAGAGAAGAAUGGCAAAAUUAAUAUCAAAUCCGGCAGAAUGUGCUACACAUUAGACAAUAUUUUAGAAAACAUUGAAGAAUCCAAAUAUUUAUUGCCCUCGAAAUUAUUACAAAAGAGAGCAUGGGUAUUAGAUAUACGAACAUCUGAGAACAAUGGUUCUUGUUGCUUCACCAAAGGAUAUGGUCAUUAUGCAGAAGGUACAGGAUCUGUAUAUUGCCCAUUUCCAGAUGAAACAAUUAAAUUAAAGUAUAGUGAAGCUAGUAAUUGGGAGAAUAAUUCAGACAAACAGAUGCAGCUCUUAUCGGACUUGAAACUUAGAUUUUUCUCGCCCAAAGAAGUGUGCAGAUUAAUGUGUUUUCCAGAAGAUUUUGAUUUUCCAAAACAUAUUACAGACAGACAAAAAUACAGGUUGCUAGGAAAUUCAAUCAAUGUUCAUGUAAUUAGUAGAUUAAUACUUUUAUUAUGUACCGAAAGUGAAAAUAUAUGAGAAUUAAUAAAAUUA